AUGUGUGAAGAAGGACCAGAUCCAAAAUUACAGAGUCCAACUUGCGCCUUCCCAUUCAUCUACAAGGGGAACUUCUAUAGCACCUGUACGACUGAGGGCAUGAGUGACGGGAAACACUGGUGUGCCACUACCAGCGAUUAUGAUUUGGACAAGAGAUGGAUGUAUUGCAACAUUACAGGGCCAGAUCCAAGCAUUGAGGGUCCAUCUUGCGUCUUCCCCUUCAUCUUCAAAGACAAGUCUUACAACAUGUGCACUACAGAGGGCAGGAGUGAUGGGAAACAUUGGUGUGCCACAACCAGCAACUAUGAGAUGGACAAAAAAUGGAAAUACUGCAAUGUCACAGGUCCUGAUAAGAGUGUGGAAAGUCCACCAUGUGUCUUUCCAUUCCUUUAUGAGGGAAAGUUUUACCUCAAUUGCACUGCAGAUGGACGAACUGAUGGGAAAUUUUGGUGUGCCACCAGCAGUAACUACGAUGCAGACAAAAAAUGGAAGUUCUGUCAGGAGGACUCAGGAACAGCUUCAAGUAAAGAGCCUCCAAGGUGUGUCUUCCCAUUCACCUACAAUGGCAAGUAUUACAACAGCUGCACAGAAGAUGAACGUGAAGAUAAGCAGCUCUGGUGUGCCACCACCAGUAACUAUGACAGAGACAAGCAAAUGACUUUUUGUACCGUCACAAAGACAGGCUGUGUCUUUCCUUUCAUCUACAAAGGAAAGGCAUACCAAAGCUGUACCUCUGUGGAGAACAACGAAGGGAGAGCAUGGUGUGCUACCACACCGGACUAUCGAACAGAUUACCAAACUACCAAAGUACAGAAGUGGAGAUUAUGUAAUGAAUCAGACUGUGUCUUCCCCUUUGUCUUCCAUGGCAAGUCCUACCACAGCUGCACCAGAGAUGGCCACAGUGAUAAGAAGCGCUGGUGUUCCCUCACGGCCAACGCUGACACCGACAAGGCCUGGCUUUUGUGCUGAUU